AUGGCUGCAGCUGUAACUGCUGCUGUCUCAUUCCCAUCCUCCAAGUCCUCCUCUCUUCCCAGCAGGACCUCUAUAAUCUCACCUGAUAGAAUCACCCUCAAGAAGGUUCCUUUGUACUACAGAGAUGCCUCUGCUAGUGGGAGAGUGGUUUCCAUCAGAGCCCAGGUCACCACCACUGAGGCUGCUCCUCCUGCUAAGGUUGUGAAGGAAUCCAAGAAGCAAGAUGAAGGUGUGGUUGUUAACAAAUUCAAGCCCAAAAAUCCCUACACUGCCAGAGUCCUUCUCAACACUAAGAUCACUGGUGAUGAUGCUCCUGGAGAAACCUGGCACAUGGUCUUCAGCACUGAGGGAGAGAUUCCCUACAGAGAAGGGCAGUCCAUUGGAGUAAUUCCAGAUGGUAUUGACAAGAAUGGGAAGCCUCACAAGCUGAGGUUGUACUCAAUUGCCAGUAGUGCCCUUGGUGACUUUGGAGACUCCAAAACUGUUUCUCUGUGUGUGAAACGGCUUGUGUACACCAAUGACCAAGGAGAAAUUGUUAAAGGAGUGUGUUCAAACUUUUUGUGUGACUUGAAGCCAGGGAGUGAAGUCACGGUCACAGGACCAGUUGGGAAAGAAAUGCUUAUGCCAAAAGAUCCUAAUGCAACCAUCGUCAUGCUUGCAACCGGAACUGGAAUUGCUCCUUUCAGAUCAUUCUUGUGGAAAAUGUUUUUUGAGAAGCAUGAAGACUACAAGUUCAAUGGUUUGGCAUGGCUCUUCUUGGGUGUUCCCACAAGUAGCUCACUGCUUUACAAGGAGGAAUUUGAGAAAAUGGAAGAGAAGGCCCCCGAAAACUUCAGGCUUGACUUCGCUGUCAGCAGAGAGCAAACCAACGAGAAGGGCGAGAAGAUGUACAUUCAAACCAGAAUGGCUCAGUAUGCAGAAGAGCUAUGGGAGUUGCUCAAGAAAGACAACACCUACAUCUACAUGUGUGGUCUCAAGGGAAUGGAGAAGGGAAUUGAUGACAUCAUGGUGUCAUUGGCUGCUAAAGAUGGCAUUGACUGGACAGACUACAAGAAGAAGUUGAAGAAAGCAGAGCAAUGGAAUGUGGAAGUCUACUAA